UACACCCUCCCCAGCCCGACACCUGGCCCCAGAGCACUCGCGUCUCCCCCCUAAACACGGGUGGUACCAAUUGGCAGUCUCCACUAAGGUCAAUGGCUAUUCCAGCUGAAGAUCUAGCCCAGUGAGCCACUCAGUCCUGUCCGAGUUGGAUUCAAAGUCCUAGGCUAUAAAGCCCCUUGCUGGGUGAUUUACCAGAACGAAAAAGGGAUUGAUUGGUUAUUGUGAAGGAAGUACAUGACAGAGGCAUGAAGUCGUACUAGUCCUCGAGGAACCAGAUUUACCUUUUUGUGUGUUCUAGGGCAAUGGCCUCCAAAACCCCAGUUGGAUUCAUUGGUCUGGGUAACAUGGGAAAUCCAAUGGCAAAAAACCUGGUAAAACACGGAUAUCCUGUUGUUGCGUAUGAUGUAUUCCCAGAAGCUUGCAAAGAAUUUCAAGACUCGGGGGCACAGGUAAUGGAUUCCCCAGCAGAUGUAGCAGAAAGAGCAGACAGGAUUAUUACUAUGCUACCCUCCAGCCCCAAUGCUGUAGAAGUUUACACAGGAGCAAAUGGAAUUCUAAAGAAAGUGAAGAAAGGUUCAUUGUUAAUAGACUCCAGUACUAUUGACCCUGCCGUUUCAAAAGAACUAGCUAAAGCAGUUGAAAAAAUGGGAGCUGUUUUCAUGGAUGCCCCUGUUUCUGGUGGUGUUGGAGCUGCUCGAGCUGGGAACCUUACGUUCAUGGUUGGUGGAGUGGAACAAGAGUUUGAUGCUGCCAAAGAACUGCUGACAUGCAUGGGUUCCAAUGUGAUCUACUGUGGAGAGGUUGGAACUGGACAGGCUGCAAAGAUCUGCAACAACAUGCUCUUAGCUAUCAGUAUGAUUGGAACUGCUGAGGCUAUGAAUCUUGGAAUCAGGUUAGGGCUUGACCCCAAACUGCUGGCUAAAAUCCUAAAUAUGAGUUCGGGCCGUUGUUGGUCAAGCGACACUUACAACCCUGUUCCAGGAGUAAUGGAAGGAGUACCCUCUGCUAAUAAUUACCAAGGUGGCUUUGGAACAACGCUCAUGGCUAAGGAUCUUGGCUUGGCACAGAUUACUGCUACCAACACUAAAACACCUGUUCCUUUGGGAUCUCUAGCACAUCAGAUCUACAGGAUGAUGUGUGCAAAGGGCUAUGCCUUGAAAGACUUCUCAGCUGUGUUCCAGUUUUUACGUGAGGAGGAGAACUUGUGAGCUGUUAUUUUGGCAAUGGACACUAUUAGAAACCAAACACUUUUUUUGGAACCUCCGUGUAGCUCAUUUGAGAAGUGACCUUUGAGUAAACCCAUAUACAAGUCAUGAACCCACACCGACCUGUCUGCUUUUGGUUGUCUAGGUCUCCGCAAACUCCAGGAUUUUUCAUCAAUUCUUUAAAAAGCAGGCUGGGAGAGGGGUUGUUUAUUUGGUCAAAUAAAAAAUACACUGACUGUUUAAGAACCAUAAUAGCAUAUUCACAAAAUCCAGUUGAUAAGUACUUUUUUUUUUUAACUAAGUACCCAAUGAUUUGCAUACAAAACAACUGACAUUAUGGCUCUAAAUUGUGCAAACUAAAUUGAAUCUUCAAUAGUAAUAACAUAGGAUGACAAACCAGCUUUCAUUAACUUUUACUAAAGAUAAAGCCUUCAUGGAAAAAGGGAAGGUCCUUAUAAUGAAGAAACAGAAUGUGUUUUUUUUCUUUUUCUUUUCUUGCUAUUUAUUUUUAACUAUUAGCUUGGGCCUGAUAAUCAGUGAUGGAUUUUUCCUGGGAUUAGUAUUACAGAUUUAUGUUUAUGGGUGUGUGUAAGUUAGUGGAAAGCUGUUACAGCAUGUUUAACUGGUAGACUUAGUUAAAAUAACAUAGUAUAUAUGUCUCUCUUGUAAAGCUCCAGUACUAUAUUUGGCUAACCCAAUUUUAUAUUUCCUUCUUGUACCCUGUCAUAUAUUUUCAAAAGUCAAGAAUGGCACCUACUAAAAAUUCUGACAAAUGUACAUUUGCUUUAGAUAAUUACUGCAUUAUUAUAAAUAUAAAUAAAAUGAAUCCCAUUAUUUUGAAAUCAAAUAAAAAUCCAUGUUGGUAAA